AUGACUUCUGGUUCUUUGAUGAAACCUCAGAUGCAUGGCCUUCUGGCCAUGCGCCUGCAAUUUCAUACUGUUGGAGCAUUAGUUGUAUCUCUGGGGGAUGCAGCUUUCUGUAAGAUUGCUGUAGUUGAACCAAGAAAGAAGGCAUAUGCAGAUUUUUACAAAAAGUUAUGAUUCCAUAAAUGAUUUUGAGAUGUAGAGGCUUGCAUCUUUCAGAGUGCAAAGUGAUUUUGAAUGUGAAGAAUUUCUUUGGUUGUGUUCCAUUGAACUUUGUCACUGACUUGGGUUCCUGCACUAUGACGCUGUGAACUAUGAAUAUCUGGGC